AAGGUACUUGAUUAGCUGACGUCGACAUAAAAAGAAGUCUUCUAUAACACACACACUAGUCAUUGUUGAGACUAUGAAAGGAAUCAUGAUUUGGAGUGGAACAGUUUUAUUAAUUUGUAUUUCACUUAUAACGGUUGAGUCCUGCGAACAAAAUGGAAUAACCUGUGGGAGCGAAUGGAUAAAACAGUUAGAGACAAACGAACAAGGCACAGUAGUAUCUGGUAGUAAAGAAACACUUCGACAAGAUAUUUUAAGCGGUGCAAAAUUACGGAUCAGUUUUGCAAAUUAUUAUGCAGAUACCCAAUUUACGUACAUCCUAAAUGGUGAAGUGUGUAUUCAGUCACUUUUUCAUAUCAGCAAGAAUGGUUGGGAUAAACAUCAAACUAAGGCAUAUUGGUGGUUUCUCAACGUAUGUACUACUGGAAAUGUACACAUGUCUCGGUGGUAUGUUGGAUCUCAUGCUAGGCCGUCAACACCAGAAACGAAAACUAAAUACAGUGUCAGAUGGUUUACAAGACAAUUAAGCUCAGACGCAAAUCCUCAAACUCCAAUUUUCUGCAACUUAGACAGUGGAUCAGCAAGCUGUGGCAAUAUAAAAAAUCUAAUAAGAGCUGUCGCUAACGGAGCAGAAAUUCACGUUACCAAUGUAAAUGGUAAACGAGCGAUGGCUCUUGAAUUUUCAAAUAUAGCAUAUAAUAAAGCUGAAACGAAAGUAGCUGGAACACAUCUAUGGCAUAUAAGUCAGUCAGUUGUCGGAAAUCAUAUAGAAUUCCAGCAGAAUGCGUAUUGGUGGUUUAAUCUAUGGUCAACCGAUGGUACACGCGAUAUGUCAAGAUGGUCUGUUGGUGAACAUACUGACCGAGGACAUUCUGAUGACAAAGUAUCAAUGAAAUGGUUUGCUGACACCUGUUGGACCUUAGCGUAUGAACAUGACAAAGACGGACAAGCCAUCGAUGGUUCCCUGGAGUUCCUACGCGCAGCUAUUUUAGUUGGCAAACGGGUGAGGCUAGUUUACUCAGAUAAUACGUACGGAAUUGAAGCUGACCAGUUAGUGAUAAGAAACGGUCAUGUAACUGCGCAAGUUCUAGGCCACGUAUCGAAAGCAAAUUUACAGAAAUUUCAGAACAACGCAUACUGGUAUUGGCAAAAUAUUGCGACGACCGGAAAUGUAGAAACCAUUCGCUACAAUGUAGGUGAUCACACCAAUCGUGGCAGUUCCAAUAAUAGACAGGCAACAAAGUGGUUUAUUGACUCCAGACCUUGGGUACACGCGUAUUCCAACUCAGAAACAGGUGUUACUACACAUGGAUCUAAGGCGUCGUUGAUACAGGGAGUUAAAGCUGGAAAGAUGCUCAGAUUCACUAUUAAAUCUGCUACAUGUAAUCAUCAAAACAAUGAUUAUAUUGCUGUCUUUAACGCUGAUAAUGCAGAAUUAAGUCCGGAUGGAAAUGAUCUUGGUGCACAGCAUAUUCGGUCGAUUGGGUUGACAAAAGAUGGGUUAUAUAAUGUAGCAUUUGGAUCAAAACCUUUUUGGAAUUUUAUGAUCGCUACGACAGCUGGUAAAUUAGACGAAACAAAAUGGACUGUUGGUGAUCACCAGAGUCAAGGACACGUCAAUACUAAUUCUGCUAUUGAUUGGUUUGUUAGUUAAGAUGUACAUGUCGAACUAAUUCUCUGCAUACUUAUACAUUGUGUAUAACAUGUAUAAAAUAUAUAGUCAAAUAGUUA